AAAAAAAAAAAAAAAGAAAGGGAAACCUUCAACCAUUUGUCCAAUAAUUAAAGGUUGAUUGAUGAUUUAAGUGUGAUUAAUUUAAUGAUAUAUUAAAAUUGAAACUAUAUGGACCCACAAUCUUUGUGAUUUUGAAACUUUUUGUUUGUGAAAAUAAAUUACGAUAUAAAACAUAUUCUUAGUUUUCUAGAUUGAAAUUUUAAUUUGGGCUAGAUUCAGUUGAGAAAUGAAAAUGCCAAUAAUCAUCCUUUUUUCGGAACAGUUUGUCCACUAAGUAGAAAACAUUUGGCCUUAAAACAACUUUACACCACAAGAGAUGAUGGAAACUUUUUUUAUAGAUCAAAGAAACCCGACAAUACAACUCAGUUGAUCAUUUUGGGGUUUGUGUUGAAGCUUGAUUUUCCCAACAGUUUUUCUCAAGACAAUUUUAGUUGACGAUGUUUCUACGACUUGAGCAUUUCGGAUCUUUGGAUGCAAGCAAUAGCAAUCCUUCCUGGAAGUUCCUCUUUUUGUUUUUCAUAUUUAUUGUCCUAAUGUGUUCCGGCUCUUGACAACCUUUGCAAUUUGGAUUUCACAGGCUCUAUUAUCAGAUACAAAUUCAAAGCAAGUUCUAUAUGGACCAUGGUGCUUCUGCACUUAAUUCUACAGUAUGGACCUUCUCAAGCACUACCAUGGAUUUGGAUGUCAUGGAUAAACCCUUGUCUCAAGGAUAUUGCUUGGAGAACAAUGAUAGAGCCAACUCCUUGGAGCCGGAACCCUUCACCUCUCAUGUUCUAUAUGACCAUUCAGAAUAUUCUUCCUUCAGUGAAGACUUGUAUCAUCAGAUAUAUCGAAAAGAAAUGAAACCCUUGUUUGAAAACAUACCUUCAGCUUAUCAUGGAAUUGAGGGAGCGGAGACUGCCAAAUCUUUCGUACAAUCUGAAAGCUUUACACUUGAAGGAAGCAAUUCAGGCAGCAGAUGGUUAAUUGAUCCAUCUUAUUCGGUGAAGCAGAGAUUGAUGUUAGCUAUUAAGUACUUGAAAGAAUAUGUGGAAGAUAGCGAUGUACUUAUUCAGAUAUGGGUGCCUACUCAGAUAGGAGGUCAAAAUGUGCUCACUACUAUUGACCAGCCUUACUCUCUCAAUCCGAGUUGUAAGAGUCUUGCAAGUUAUAGAAAUGUUUCAAAAACAUUUCAGCUCACAGCUGAGGAGAAUUUAAAAGAGUUGGCUGGAUUGCCUGGUCGAGUUUUCUUGGGGAAAUUGCCUGAAUGGACACCUGACGUUCGUUUCUUCAGGAGUGAUGAGUGCCCGAGAAAAAGUUACGCCAAGAUGUAUAACAUUAGUGGGUGUCUUGCAUUGCCUGUUUUUGAGCAAGACAAUGGAGUUUGCUUGGCUGUUGUUGAAAUUGUAACCACAACACAAAAGAUCAGCUAUAGCCUGGAACUAGAAAUAGUUGGUAGAGCUCUAGAGGCUGUUGAUCUAAAGAGUUCACAAGACUUCUUCCCUCUGGGUAUAAAGGCUUGCAAUGAGUCCUAUCAAAUUUCAAUUCUUGAGAUAUCAGAUAUUUUACAAUUUGUCUGCAAGACACAUGGUCUGCCUUUAGCUAUGACAUGGGCCUUACGUGAUCGGCAAGGAGAAGUUGAACACUGGCAGUUUUCCAAGAAGUAUGAUUAUUGUUUAUCCACUGUGGAUUCUGCUUGCUAUGUAGCUGAUAGUGAUCUCCUGGGAUUCCAUGAAGCGUGCUCUGAGCACUACCUUUUUCCAAAUCAGGGGAUAGUGGGCAAAGCUUUCACAACCAAAAAGCAAUGGUUUGCUACUGAUAUAACCUCCUUUAGCAAAGCAAAUUAUCCUCUCUCUCACCAUGCUAGGAUGUUUAAUUUGCGUGCAGCUCUGGCAGUUCCUCUAUGUAACAUAUAUACUGGAUUGAUUGAAUUUGUCCUGGAGCUAUUCUUUCCAUGGGAUUGCAAGGAUAUUGAAGAGCAAAAGCAUUUUUGGGAUAUGCUGUCAAUCGUCAUGCAACAGGCUUGCAAGAGUUUUCAUGUUAUUGUGGACAAAGAGAUAGAUGAAGAAGUCAGUGAGCAAAUGGUGGUUGCUUCAGAUGGAAGGUACAAUAGAGAAGGAAUCCAGGAGCUUGUUGCUUCUCCCUCUAAUGAAUCCUCUCAAGAGGAAUCAUCCUCGACUCCCCAUGAGAUGGAUUCUCAAAAUAAGGACAAGUUUUCUUUCAUAUCAUGGGAAUGUCCAAAAGAAGAACUUGAAGAUGAGUUCAAGGUAAUAACCCAUUGGGAAAAUGAUGAGAUGGGCUUAUACCAAGAACCGGUUUUCUCAGAUUUCCAGAAAGCUACACAAAGUUCUAUGCCUAAACCUGGUGUUGACAUUGCAGAAAAUUUUUCUAAUGGUCGGCAUUGCUCUAGUAGCAGCGAAAAAGCCAGUGAUAAAAGACAGACCAAGAUAGAGAAGACAAUCACUUUGCAAAUUCUUCGACAGUAUUUUGCUGGGAGCCUUAAGGAUGCAGCUAAAAGUAUUGGAGUUUGCCCCACUACACUAAAAAGGAUAUGCAGGCAGCAUGGUAUCAACCGAUGGCCUUCUCGAAAAAUCAAGAAAGUUGAUCACUCUUUGAGGAAACUCCAACUAAUAGUAAACUCCAUCCAUGGUGCAGAAGGUCUCAUUCAGAUUGAUUCCUUCUAUAAAAGCUUCCCUGAAUUGAGCUCAUCAAAAUUUUCUGGGAAUGAUCCAUUUUCAUCAUCCAGGAUGAGUGAAAAUUCCUGCAUCUUAAAACCACAACCUAGGAGCCGCCUGUUCAGCCCCAAAGGCAAAGUUCCAAAAUCUCGGUCCUCUUCAUGCAGUCAGAAUUCUGGUUCAACCGAUGAAGAAAAGCGGCUUACCACUAUUAAUGGCUUGAAUACUGGAUGUUCUUUAGCAAUAGAUGACCCUGUCCUAAUGCUGAAGAAAGCUUACAGCAAACCGGAGCUGCAUAACCUAAAUCAGGAGGAAAAGGAACCAAAGGUCCUUAAAAGCUCUCUAAGCCAUAAAACAUUACAUGGGAAUACUACUGGCCAUAGUUUACAAGAUGGCAUGGUCUUUAGAGUGAAAGCUACUUUUGGAGAAGAAAACAUAAGAUUCAGUUUCUUGCCAAAUUGGGAUUUCAGGGACUUGCAGCAAGAGAUUGCUAAGCGUUUCAAAAUAGAUGAUUUCAGCAGAAUAGAUCUGAAGUAUUUGGACAUUGAUCAGGAGCCUGUACUUUUGACCUGUGAUGCUGAUCUUGAGGAGUGUAUAGAUUUGCUUAGACUCUCUCAAUGCAACACCAUCAAAAUAUCUCUUCAUCAAGCUUCCAAAUCAAAUCUAGGAAGUUCAUUCAGAAUCAAAGGCUUGUUCUAAUGCCAUUAAGGAUUUGGUGUUUCAACUUUAAAGUUAGACAGUAGAUAUGCACUUGCUCAAAAUCUUUUCCUUAUUAUCUUAGUAUUAGUUUGCAUUGAUCUUGUUUAUGUAGUAAUGACUAGUUGUAAGGAAACUGGAGACUUGAGAAUUCUGUAGAAAUCAUGGGGAACACAAAACAGCAUUUCACUGUUACAAUAAAUUUUCGAAAUACAAAUGGAUAUCAAAAACGAAAUCCAUUAAAUUUAUAUCUCUAA